AAUACUCAUACAUUAUAUUAUGAUAACAAAUGAGAUGAUGAAACGUGUGUCUACUACUCACCUAAACGUAUAAUUUUCAAGAAAACUAUCUUACUGCAUGUAAUGUUGCCUACGCAACUAAAAUACUAUUGACUAUCACUAUCCAAUCUCAGUAUAGUUAAUCUCAAACUUAUUCAAUAUAAAAUCUAAUUUUAAACUAGUUAUAUCAUUAAUUAAUUAAUUUUUUUCUGAGUUAUUGACUUUCAUAACAAAAUGAUAAAAGAAUAUUUUUUAUUCUUAAUAAUAACUCAUGAAAUAUUUGCAUAUCCUAAUCAAAACAACAAAUAUGAGAUUCGUAUACCAGGAAUAACAACAAUAAUGAACGAUGAAUAUUGGUGUUAUUCACAGAAAAUUAAGAAUGAGACAUAUUACAUAACUGGAUUCAAGCCUGUUUACGAUCCUACUCUUGUUCAUCAUCUUAUUUUGUUCGGAUGUGAGAAGCCAGGAAGUACAGAAGAUUUAUGGAAAUGUGGUGAGAUGUCGGAUGGCGAAACAUCUGUAUGUAAUGCAUCUGAGUCUAUUUUGUACUCUUGGGCUAUGGGAGCUCCAUCCUUUGAAAUGCCUGACGAUGUGUCGUUUAAAGUUGGUUAUGAAACGCCAUAUAAAUAUUUUGUACUACAAGUUCAUUACAAAGAUGCUAUGAAUUUAGACGAGAAAGAUACAAGUGGAUUAGAACUCACUACCCAGUCUACGCCAACUGGUAAAUUGGCUGGAAUAUAUAUAUUAGUUAGCGGUGAAGACAUUGGACCCAGUCAAAUAACUCGUCUGGAUGUAGCAUGUUCAUACACAGGCAAUGCUACAUUACAUCCAUUUGCUUUUCGUGUUCACACUCAUAGUCACGGUGUUCUAUCUAAAGGUUAUGUUGUUGAUAGAAAUGAAUCUUAUCUUAUUGGAUCUAAAUCACCUCAAGAACAUCAAACAUUCUAUCCAGUGCAAAAUCAAUCAAUUGAAAUACACAAACAAAAUAUAAUUGCAGCAAGGUGUAUAAUGCAAAAUAAUGAGAGUAGAAUAAUUCAAAUGGGAAAUACACGAAAUGAUGAAAUGUGCAACUUUUACAUUAUGUAUUGGGUUACAAAUGAUAAUGAACAACAAUUAUAUGAUAGAAAUAAUCAAGUUUGUUAUGUGGGUGAUGGAUCGGAUAUUUAUGAGAAUUUUCAAGAACUUUAUAAAAAACUACUUGAUAAUUCAUUCUUUCCAGAUUUUGAAUUUAUGAAUCCGGACAUAAAUGACUUUUUUGAUAAUUUUGAAAAUCCAUAUUUAGAUUAACAAAUUGAACCAUAAAUAAAUAGUUGUUGUCGUCUUUUACAAUAAUACAAGUAAUGAAUGUCAUACAAAUUAAUGUGUAUAUGUGUGUGUGUGUGAGUCAACUAUGAUUUGUUAGACAAUUUCUUAUUUGUUUAUUUGUUUGUUUUUUAUUUUUAUUUUUUUUUGUGUAUGGACAAUUAUCUGUGAUUGUGUGGUCUGUUUUAACAUUUGAGUUAAUGUUGUUGUUUUUAUUCUCUUCAAGUUAUUCUUAUCACUAUGUUUCUGUUUAGUGUAUAUCGUCAGCAUGAGUAUUUAUCUAUUUUCUCAAAAAUAAACAAAAAAAACAAGAACAGACAUUUGAUUACAACAUAAGACUGUACUAGAGUGAAAUAUAUUUGUUUGACUAAUUUUUAUUGACUGUUUAUCAAUACAAUAAUAUAUAUUAAGAUAGAUA